UCAUGGUGAAGGAAGGAGAGAUGCGGCUGGACACAUCUCAACUCCUGACAAACAUGAGACGCAUGAAGAUGAUUGUUUUUGUUUUAGUAAGUCAUCUUUAGAUUCACCUUAUCACCAGGCUGAAGAAAACAUCCAAAGGUGCCACUAAGUGGGGACCUUUUUUCCCUCUUUCAUGUGCUCGUGUCCAUGUCGUCAGAUUUGUAAAUCAGCAGAGGAGCCGCGCGUUAUUGAUGGACUCUCGUGUAAUUAGGCGGCUGAAUGGGAAUUUAUGCCAACAUUUAAGUAUCCUAGAAAGCGCACACGGUCAGGAUGGAGUCAAUCAACGCCAGCGGGAUGGACGCAUUCACAGUGAUCCAUCUAAAUUCCUCCUGGAGCUUGGAUCAUGGAUAUUCUUUAGCAGCAAUAGCUGGCAUUGCUGCUCUUGUAAGUUUUCUAAUUGUUUUUACCGUUGUUGGAAAUAUUUUGGUGGUUAUUGCUGUGUUAACGAGCAGGGCGCUGAAAGCUCCACAGAACCUUUUUCUGGUGUCUCUGGCCACCGCGGACAUCCUGGUCGCGACAUUGGUGAUGCCGUUUUCUCUAGCAAAUGAACUUAUGGGCUACUGGUAUUUUGGAAAAGUUUGGUGCGGCAUAUAUCUAGCUUUGGAUGUUUUGUUCUGCACUUCUUCUAUCGUACACCUGUGCGCAAUAAGCUUGGAUCGAUAUUGGUCUGUUACGCAGGCUGUAGAGUACAACCUGAAGAGGACUCCAAAGCGCAUCAAGUGCAUCAUCCUUCUUGUGUGGCUUAUAUCGGCAUUCAUCUCCUCUCCGCCUCUCAUUUCUAUUGACAGAAACAAUGAUAUCAGCUUCCAGCCUCAGUGUGAACUGAAUGAUGAAACUUGGUACAUUCUCUCCUCAAGCAUUGCCUCCUUCUUUGCACCCUGCUUAAUUAUGAUCCUGGUGUACAUCAGAAUAUACCAGGUGGCCAAAACUAGAACCAGAACCAUGUCGGGAAAAAAUCCCAGACCAGAUGGUGUAACACAAACAGAGAAUGGACUGAGCAAACCGUCCUCCCCUUUCCACGGCGAGAAAGAGAAUGGCCACUGUCAAUGCCCGCCUACGCCCAGUCAGCGCACAGUCACCAUAGGCCAACAGACUGAGGAGGCUGACAUGGAGGAGAGCUCAUCCUCAGAGGGCAAAGAUCACAAAUCCCAGCGCCAGGACUCCCAAAGAGCCAAAAAGCUCAGCCAAAAGAAAAGCUCCCUUUCCAAGCACUCUGCUCGCAUCACCAGAGUCAGUAACAAGUCCAUGGACCUCUUUGCCUCCAGGAGGAAACGUCGUCGGAGUUCUUUAGCCAGAAAAAAAGUAUCUCAGGCAAGAGAAAAGAGGUUUACAUUUGUCCUGGCUGUGGUCAUGGGGGUGUUUGUCGUAUGCUGGUUCCCCUUUUUUUUCAGCUACAGUCUGUACGGAGUCUGCAGGGAUUCCUGUAAAAUCCCCGACCCACUCUUCAAAUUUUUUUUCUGGAUUGGCUACUGUAACAGCUCUCUUAACCCAGCAAUUUACACCAUUUUCAACCGGGACUUCAGACAUGCCUUUCAGAAGAUCCUCUGUAAGUCAUGGAAAAAGUCCUUUUAGAUGGGAAGCAGAGAUGCUGCAUUACUGUGACAAACUCAAAGGAAAUAUCAAAGUGAAUAGUAUUUGUUACGCCACUAAUGUCUCAUUGUCCCGUCGUAUGUCAGUCAUGG